AUGAACAAAUUUACAAACCUGAUAGCACAUUUAAUGCUGUGCCCCGUAUAUGAUUUCCCCCCUAUGAAUGAACAAUUUGACCGCAAAAGGGGACAUUCGCAAAUUUCGCAAAUUUCUCAAACUCACCUGAAGGGUUUCCUUCCUACAUAAUUGUGUAUAUUCUUAUGCACUGCGCGAAAAAAAUGUAAACAAAGAAAUGUAUGCCAUUUUUGUGAAAAUUGAGAUUUUUUAACAAAUUUAUGAAAACUGUAUUUUUUUCCACAUAAACAGAGGAAAUAAUUGCCGCCCAACCCAUUUGAAACCCCAUCCCCCAUUUCGUAUCUACUUUCUUAAAAACAAAACUACAUAAUGAAUAACAAAGUCAGUUUGCCCUAUGAGGUGUGUGAAAUAAGGAAAGUUCCCUUUGAGCUCCCCAAGGAAUUUCACCCGAAUGUGAAAUACGGCUUCUUCAGAAAUUUCCUUUUCGGGAAAUACACCUUCUACUACUUCAAAAGCAUUUUUAAAGUAUCCGUGAAGGUGUCUGCAGGUUUUCUGCUUUUUUACUACCCCCUGGAUAAAGUCCAUUGCAACAUCCGCAGAUUUAAAAAUAAUUUAAAAAAACAGAAUUAAACUUCUCACCACUUGCUGAGUUCGUCAAAAUGGCAGGAACAUUCGAAUAACGCGAAAAGGAAGAAGCUCUCAUUUUGGGGAAGCCUUUUUUCUUAGCAGAUACAUUUUAUGUAAACGUUUUUACAACGAAUUUGUUUUUUUUUUUUUUUUUUUCACAUGUAAAAACUGAAUUUCUCAACGUGUGCACAUGUGCAUGUCCCCGUUUGGGCUUUCCGAUUCGGAGAACACAACUAAAAACAAAAGAGCAAAGAGCAGAUCGUUUUUUCCCAAAAUCUUU